AUGGCCGAGAAGCGCCUCGUCGUUGCUUUCCGCUCCAGGACAGCGCGUGGCCUGUUCUCCGCACUUUCUGAUCUCUACCACUACUAUGGCGUCACCUCCUCAAGGAAGUACGUCGAGCAGUUCUCCAACGGCAUCACCGUCAUGUCUAUCUACCUUCGCCCCGCCAUGACCCUCGAGGGCGAGUACCCUCCCCUCGAGCAGUCCAUCCACCAGAUCACUAAGGAAAUCUCCCUCCUGUACUGCCUCCCCCACAACAAGCUUCACGAUCUCUUCACCAGCGGUGAAUUGAGUCUUCAGGAGACCGUCUACGGCCACUGCGCUUGGGUCUUCAUCCAGCACUUCCUGAACCGCCUUGGAUCCGAGUAUGUCUCGCUGACCGACAUUCUCGAUCCCAAGAGCAACGUUCAUACUGCUCUGCUGUCCAAGCUCAAGCGUCGUCUGAGGACGGAGACGUUCACUCCCGACUACAUUCUGGAGAUUAUUCAGUCAUACCCCGGCCUGGUGCGCGCUCUGUACGCAUCUUUCGCCAGCGUUCAUCUCGCUGUCGGUGCCGACUUUGAGCGUCACUUCAUCGCGCCCACCCCCGCUUUGGAGGUUAUGUCCGAUGCUAAGCUUAAGGAGAAGAUCACCCGUGAAGUCUCCAACGAGCACGAGGAGAUGGUCAUGACUGCGUUCCGCGUCUUCAACAACGCCAUUCUUAAGACCAAUUAUUUCACCCCUACCAAGGUCGCCUUGAGCUUCCGCUUGGACCCGGCCUUCCUGCCUGAGAUUGAGUACCCCCGCAGACUGUAUGGCAUGUUCCUCGUCAUCGGUGCUGAGUUCCGUGGUUUCCACCUCCGCUUCAAGGACGUCGCACGCGGCGGUAUCCGUAUCGUCAAGUCUCGCAGCAAGGAGGCGUACGGCAUCAACGCCCGCAACCUCUUCGACGAAAACUAUGGCCUUUCUAGCACUCAACAGCGCAAGAACAAGGACAUUCCCGAGGGCGGCUCCAAGGGCGUCAUUCUUCUUGAUGCCAAGAUGCAGGACCACUCCGAAGAGGCCUUCGAGAAGUACAUUGACAGUAUCAUUGACUUGCUCUUGCCUGGUGUGACACCUGGUAUCAAGAACCCCAUUGUCGACCUUUACGGCAAGCAGGAGAUUCUCUUCAUGGGCCCCGACGAGAACACUGCUGAUCUUGUCGACUGGGCAACGGAGCACGCCCGCAAGCGUGGCGCUCCCUGGUGGAAGUCCUUCUUCACCGGCAAGUCUCCCAAGCUUGGUGGUAUUCCUCACGACGAGUACGGCAUGACUACUCUCUCUGUCCGCGACAAUGAGAUCCUGCUCAGCAACGAGAAGAUGGCUACCGAGUCCUCUGCGAGGAUACCAACAUGA